AGUGACUGACCAGUAGAAGAAGAGGGCGGGAGCUGCACGUGUGGUCACCACAGUGCGCGUGUCUGUUCACAGAGAGCUACAGCCGAGGAGAAGUACCGGAGUUCCGCUGCAGUGUCCGUUUAACGCCGUACAUCAGAUACCAUGAGACCAGGAUUCAGUCCUCGGGGAGGAUUUGGUGACCGAGGAGGGAGAGGGCGGGGAGGAAGAGGAGGAUUUGGUGACCGGGGAGGACGAGGAGGAUUCGGUGACCGGGGAGGACGAGGAGGAUUCAGGGGAGGAAGAGGUGGAUUCAGGUCUCCAGAAGGUGGAGGAUUUCGGGGCCGGGGUGGCGGCAGAGGCACCCCGAGAGGAAGGGGGGGCAGAGGAGGCUUUGGAGCGGGGAGGAAAGUUGUGGUGGAGCCGCACAGACAUGAAGGAGUGUUCAUCUGCAGAGGAAAGGAGGAUGCUCUGGUGACCAAGAACAUGGUGGUGGGAGAGUCUGUGUACGGAGAGAAGAGAAUGAGUGUGGAGGAGGGAGAGAUUAAGAUUGAAUACAGAGCCUGGAAUCCAUUCCGCUCCAAACUGGCAGCAGCCAUCUUGGGAGGAGUAGACCAGAUCCAUAUAAAGCCCGGAGCAAAGGUCAUGUACCUGGGAGCUGCCUCUGGCACCACAGUGUCCCAUGUUUCUGACAUUGUUGGACCGGAAGGGCUGGUCUACGCUGUGGAGUUUUCCCAUCGAUCGGGCCGUGACCUUCUCAAUGUGGCAAAGAAACGCACCAACAUCAUUCCAAUUAUCGAAGAUGCCCGCCACCCGCACAAAUACCGCAUGCUGGUUGGCAUGGUGGAUGUGAUUUUUGCUGAUGUUGCCCAGCCUGACCAGACGAGGAUUGUUGCUUUGAACGCUCACAACUUCCUGAAAAACGGAGGACACUUUGUUAUCUCCAUCAAGGCUAACUGUAUAGACUCGACUGCGGCUCCAGAGGCUGUGUUUGCCUCAGAAGUGAAGAAGAUGAGUUCUGAGAACAUGAAACCACAGGAGCAGCUCACACUAGAGCCCUACGAGAGAGACCACGCUGUGGUGGUGGGCAUCUACAGACCUCCACCUAAACAGAAGAAAUGAGGUAUUGGCGGAGGCUCAGGGAAACGGAUUACCAUUUUCACCACCAUCUACUUUUUAUACUCUGUGUUGUCCUUUGCCCUCCUCUACACCGCCGCCUGCCUAUCAUGCCAUGAAAGCAUCACGAGCAAUCGGCGUCAAAUUUGGCUGGGUUUCCUAGUCCCCUGACACUUAACUGACCAAGCAUCCUGCUAAUCUAUCACUGGUAAGGUUGGGAGCACGUUACAUGACGUUUGGGGCAAUUUCAGCCACAGGUCGUCAUCUGAGUGGAUUGCCAGAUUGGAGCAAAUCAUGUUAGAAGUACAAGGUUUAUAAUAUGUAAAGGUGCACAUCUGGUUGGACCGACCUUAUUUCACAUCGGUUAUGCACAAGUGAUGCGUAUCAACUGUAAGAGUGAAACAACAGGGGUCCAGGGUUGUGUAGCGUGUCCCCAGCCUUAGGUGAGUUGUGAGGGAAUUUUAUGAAUUCAUUUGCCACCUUCUACCCUGAGUAUUUUCAACAGAUAUGAUUAUGCAGUUAUGAAAGUUUGAACUACUACUAUAUGGUUUGAUUUUUAGCUCCAGUGAGGUUUUUUGUUUGGUCAGUACUUUCAUUUCAGUAUUUUAUUGCUCAUCUGUGCUUCUCAUCCUUUCUUACUUAAUGUCUUUUUCUUUUUUUCAUGACGUGUAUUUGCUCUUCUGUUUACUGCCUUAUCAGGCUGCUUCUGAUUCCAGGUAGCACAAUCCCAUAUUGGUAGGGAGAUCCCUAUUACCCACAUACCACACCUCAGAAGGCUAGUUAUUUUAGUAUAUAAGUUAUCUGUCAGAACUUAUGUAUGGUCAAAUAUACUGUCUUAAUGUUGUGUGUACUUAUUGCACAAUACCCACACUUUGUAGGUAAGGAACCCUUGAUGCUGAUCUGUUUAGUGGUGAGGAGGUAAACUUGACCUUGUGUGUACAGACAAAUAUAGAUGGUGACUUUUUCACUGACUUGCUCUUGUGUUGGCAAAGUGUAAAGCAGAAUUUAUGCUUGGAAGUUUGUUUUUGACAUUAACUGUCAACUUUGUUUUAAUAAAAUGUUUAUGAUUGUU